CGCGACAUGUAUUUGAAAAUUUGUUUUGUUUUUUUUUUAUCUAUAAAUUGACAGAAUGUUUCGUAUAAACAAAGACCUGUGUUUAUUUUCACCAACUGGUGAAUUUUUUGCAACAGCAUAUCAACAAGAAUUAUCAAUAAAAGACAGUAAAACAUUGGAUGAAUAUCAGACAUUUACAUUUACUGAUACAAUUGAGGAUUUUCAAUGGUCACCAAAUGGUCAAUUGAUUCUUUGUGCAAAUUCAAAAAAAAAUAUCAUCGAAAUUUAUUCAUUAAAAUUACCAAAUUGGAAUUGUAAAUUAACUGAGGGUAGUGCUGGUUUCGAAAAAUUUACGUGGACACCAAAUAGUAAAGAAUUUAUACUUACAUCAGACUUUAAUGUACAUUUGUCGAUAUACAAUAUACAUACUCGAAAAAACACUCAAAUAUGGGGAAUAAAAUCUUCAAUUAAAAAAAAUUAUAUAAUUAAUAAUAUCAAUGAAAAAUUAGCAGUCAUAUCAUCAUCAGAUGGAAAAGAUUUUAUAGAAAUAUAUGAAAUUAAAAAUUGGCAAUUAACACGAAAAUUAAUGUGUGAUAAAUUAUUUGGUAUUGAUGGUGUAUCUUGGUCACCAAAUGGAGAGUUAUUGGCAAUAUGGUGUUCAACUAUUGGCAAAUCAAGGCUACUUAUUUAUUCAACAAUUACUGAUACACAUAUUGGAGCAUUUACUGGUGAAAAUAAUGAAAAAAAUAACGAGAUGCAUUUCGAUGAUGAUGAUGAAAAAUAUGUUAAAGGUAUAGAUAAAAUUGUUUGGGGAUCAACUGGUGAACUUAUAGCCAUUGCUGGAUACAAUGAAAAAAUUGCUAUUGUGAAUUAUAUAACAUGGUCAGUUGUAUUGGAAUUUUAUUGUGGUCCUGUAAUUACUGAAGACAAUAUUCUCAGCAAAGUUUUCAAGGAAAUUGAUAUUAAACCACGUAAUUGGACAAAUGACGAAUUUUUAUCAACAAUUCCUGAUCGUCCAUUGAGAUAUAAACUCAAAGAAAUUUAUGAACGUCCAAUAAGUCUGAGCAUUGAUUUGAAGCCUAGCAAUUAUAACGUGUCAAUUGCUGCAAUUGAUAUUUUGGAAUUUAACACAUCUGGAAAAUAUUUAGCAAUGAGACAUCAGCUUUAUCCAACUGUAAUGUUCAUUUGGGAUUUAAUGGAAGAUACUGUUGAUUAUGUAUUUACAAAAAAUCCAAUUACAGGUAUUUGCUGGAAGCCAAAUUCAGGAUGUCUUUUUAUUUUUUCUAAUUCAUCUGUUGUCAUUGAAUGGAGACCAAAUGAAACUGCAAUGUGUUUUGAGACUCCAAAAAGUAUAAAAGUAUUAAAUGCCAGUUGUAAUCCUGGAGGUGAUACUUUGGCUUUGCAUGGAUACUGUAAAACUUCAAUUAUUAGAAUAAAUGAGUGA